AUGGACAUCUUCUCUCGACUGCCCUCAUUGGUAUUGAAUAACGUCCUCGGCCAGAUCCAGGAUGACAGAGAUCUCUUAAACCUUAUAAGUGCAUCGCCAGAAUCACUGAGGAUCUAUAACCUGUACCGAUAUUCAAUCAUGCGACAACGACUCGUUAACAUUCUCGAUCUCGACAUCGACGGUACGAUGCUGCAGGAUGCUCAACUCAUCAUGUGCUUCCCCUCCAUCGAUGGACCCGAAGUAUCCUUUGGCGCCAUUUCCGAAUGCCUGGAUAGCUGGGAUGCCCAGAGCUUUCCAAACCCUGUGACGCAGCAGUCCAAUCAAGAAUCCGUGACCGGCCUCUAUCAUUUCUUUAAGCGGCUGGUAGUCUUCAUAGAAGACUAUCUUUCGAAGUCCUUGGACCCAUUCACUGCACGAGCUUGCAUGACACUCCCGACAAUUGGACGCAUUGUACCUACUGCGCAGUUCAAAGGUCAAGAGACUGACAUACAGCCCGUGGUAUUUGGUAGCAUGGAGAAAUCGAUUAAGCGCCACCUCUUAAAAGCUUUUCUCAGAUUUGAGUUGCGCUGCAAGGUUUAUCAUCCGCGUGUGUGGUCCCACCUCGAAGGAACCACGUAUGCGGAUAUGAUAAACAAGUCAAAUGAGAAGCUAGGUCUCAAUGACUACGAGGAACUUUACUGCGUUUUCGAAUAUCUUAAGGGCCUUUAUGGUGCCAUAUUUGCGCAUUGCCGACAGGAUUCUUGGUUUCCAGAACGAUCAGUUUCCAAGACCAACGUUCCAGGCCGCCGAGCUAACAACGAUGAAGGUGUGUUGCUAUCCGCAAAAAACUAUGGACUGCUUUUUUCUGAUGAUCAAUACUUUGACAUGGAAAAAGAGGUUUUCCUAGGCCUGUUGGAGCUCGAAGGCCUACCUUGUCUUGGGCUAGACAGUCUCAGCGCGAUCCUCCGUUCCCCGGAAUUGAUAAACACAAAGGGAUGCCGUAUGACACACUGGGUUGGUGGCCUGGCCCAACAACCCGACAGUUCUUGGAUCCUGAGCCAGCACUUUACUCUACAUCACGAUCUAUAUGUUUCUCGCACCAGAAUCGACCAGUGGAAAUGGUGGAUGGAGUCGCGGAAUCAAUCCAGCAGGCAUGGCAUUUCCGUUGGACCCCGGAUUGACAUCCACCAGCAGAAACAACAACUUCACCUUCAAAACCUUCAGUCGGCGAUAUAUCGUCAACGAGCCUGGAUAUUCUUCACUAAUUCAAGUACUCAUCAGCCAUGUCUACCAUCAUGGGACCACCUCGCUACCCAACGGGAGUUGGUCAGCGAUGUUGUGGGCCUGGGACAUCACCAGCUAAGGCGAAGGUCUCAAAAAUGGCAGGAUUAUUGGGCCGGACGAUCUUUGGAUGAUCCGCUUGAGGCCGAUUCUUCACAUGUUCAAGAUGAGGAGGACAGCGGUGAAUUGAAGGAUGUUCAAUUCAUCCCGCCUGCCAUUCCGCGGUUUUUUGAAAUUCAUGGCGGGAUGAUAUGGCAAGGCUAA